AGAACCGUGGAAUCCUCCAUUGCUUCUCUUUAGCUAGCACACAGGGACAGAGAGAUAAAAUAACAAGUGGAGAAGAAAGCAAACUAGGAUGGCUGCCAUUAGAGGUGAUCCCAAGCCCCAGGACACUGCUGUUCUACAGGAUGAAGCCUACCUCUUGCUUCCUUCUCAUUCUCAUCCUCCUUCUCCAGCUGAUGAUCCCAGGAUAUGCUCAGUGUUCCUUGGACUCCAUCGUGGAUAAAAAGAUAAAAGAAGCUCUCACUGGCUUAGAGUUAAAUACCAUCCCAGCAAAGAAGAUUUCAUGUACCAGUAUCUUUAGCUCAGGCAGACUGUCUUCCUGCCCUGCGGGAAUGGUUGUCACCGGCUGUGCCUGUGGCUAUGGCUGCGGUUCCUGGGAUAUCCGGGGGGAAACCACGUGCCACUGCCAGUGCAGCACUAUAGACUGGACCACUGCCCGCUGCUGCCACCUGACCUGA